AUGAAUGAUAUUUUGAGCUCAACAGAAGUAACUGUGAAAUGUGUAGAAUUAUACAAAAGUUGCUUAAACAAAAAUAAGGAAAAUAAUAAAGCAGCUGUAGAUUUAAAUUCUCUUAAAGCAGUUUUACUUGUUGAUCUUAGCCACAGCUAUGACUAUAUUAUAAAUCUAAUUGAUGAAUAUUGGCUAGAUGUCAAUAAUAUAUCUUAUCUAGAAUUUUGGAAAUUUGUUGAGUCAAUAUUUAUAUUUAAGGGGGUUAUUAAAUCAACUAAAGAUAGCAUUGAUGAAUGUAUUUUGAGUGGAAUGGUAAGUUUAAGGGAUGGAAUUUUGGAGAUUUUAAAAAGUGAGACAAAUAUCUCAAAAAAUAAUAUUAGUAAAAAAGAGCAUUACAUCACAGUAGGUGAAAUUCACAAUAUAAUAUUGGAGAUUAUUUCAAAUAAUAUUUUUAAUGAGACUUCUUCUGAAUACUGGCAAGAUGUCUUAAAUCAGAUACCAAGCGAUACAGAUCCAAAUAUGCUCAUUCAUUUAAACGAUAUUAGUAAUGCAAUCUUGCAGUGGUUAAUUGACUAUUUAAUAGGAAACAAGACUAAUACAACUAGAUUAAAAAGUGAAACAAUUAGUAGAGUAGACACUAGUAAGGAAAGUUGGCUUAAAGAGGCAGCAAAGAUUGUAACAAAUCAAGAUAAUAUAAGCUUGUUACAAAACGAUGUAAUAGAUACUGAAAAGGUUAACCAAGUUAUCAAAGACAAUAUUUCACUAAGUGAAUCAUUUGAAAGUCCACAUUGGAGAGAUCAAACGUUGUUCUCAAAUUUUAGAGAAUUACAGAUGAUAUUACAAUCAAUGUUAGAGAGUAUUAUUAUUACUUCUAGACCAGAGGACAAAAGCUCUUCACGUCGCAAUGAGCUGUUUUUGAGAAAGAUAUCACAUAUGAUAACUGAAUUAGAAGAUUAUAUUUACAAUCAAUUUGAUUCAAGGCAACGUGAAAUUGAAGAACUUGAACAAUUCAAAAAAGAGAAUAAUAAACUCAAAAAAAACCUGCGAUCUUUACAAGGUGAAUUUGAAGAGCAAAGCAAGGAUAGUCAAGAGGUAUUACAAUUACAAGAAAAGGCACAGCUGACUAUUGAACAACUUCAAAGUCAAAAAGAUAAGUUGAUUGCAGAUUUAUUGGAAUUUCAUAUGAAAAUAAAGAAGAAAGAAGCAGAUUAUGAUGAAUUGCUGUCUAAAUAUAAUGAGCUAAUAGCAAAGCAUGAAGCUCUAAAAGAAGAGUUUUAUCAAAGAGGUAUGGAUAAUCAGGCAAUUUCACCCUCACCAGGCACUUCUAGGCCUUAUAAUAAUAAAGAAGGUAGUUCUCAAAGUUCAAUAUUACAAAUAUCAAGACCACUAUCACCAUUAGAACUUUCCGAUUCUAUGAAUAAUACUUUAUCUAGUGAAAAUACUAAAGAUAUUUCACAAAAUUUCGAUGUAAAUAUCUUUGAAUCUUGCCCUAAUAGCUCCAGUAUUAUGGACAGAACUACUUGUUAUUAUAGCAAAGAUAAUCUUAAAUAUCCAAAAACAUGCUCACCUGCUGCAACAGUUACUUGUGUACCAGAUUUUUUAGAUAAUAUAAUUGAAUCACCAAUUAGCUGCCUCUCUUACAGAUGGAAAAGUGGAUAUUUCCCGGAGAGGAGAAAAAUUAAUAAUUCAAGACUUGUUAGUGUCGUUCCACUUAUACAAGACAAACUUAACUCUGCUAAAAUAUUAAAAAGUUCUAGUCUUAAUAUAACGUCUACAAUAUCAAAUAACUAUGACAUCAGUAAACCUUUAAGGUUAAAAGGGAAAAAAAAGAGUAUCGAGCCAAGAAUAAGGAGAUACGAUACACUAUGCAGUAUACAAUAA